UGCCCCACCCCGACCCCCCCCCCCUCUCACGGGCUUUCUUCUGGCCACGCAGUCUGCCAGCUGCCUCCCCUCUCUCACUUGCGAGGUGGGCGACGCGAGAUGAGCAUCGCCCCCGCACAAAGAGGAGCAGCAGCAGUAGCAUCUCUGGUCGUCAAGGGAUCGCCGCACACGACGUGGAGAGAGCUGCGAGAGAGAGAGAGGUGCGCGCAGCCCCCGUGUCCCGCAGAGAGGAGUCAUCUCUACUCAUCUCGAUGCGGUCUCUGAUUUGGCGCGAAGGGAUUAAAGGGACCGAUGGACCUUGGUGACUGUGCCUGGCGUCGUGGGGACACGAUGAGCGUAAAGACCGAGUGUGUGCACCGGCAUCAGCUGUGUUCGCUGAUCCUCGGGGAGGACUGAAGCGAAUCUGCCACACACCUCCCGUGAUUUCGGUCCAGUUUUGUUUAUUUUACGAGCAGCGACAAAUACAGCAGCAGCCAGCAGCCAGAAGCAUUGACACAUGGAUUCAUCGUUGGUAUCACCGUUCCCAUCAUCACCAUCAUCACCAUCGAGGGCAUUGCCACCAACAGCACCACUCCUACCGGAAACAUCACGAGCAGCAGCAGCAGCAGCAGGGUCUCGGCAGAGGGACGUUGCGGCAGAAGCCGUAGAGUGGCAGGAGCAGCAGCAGCAGGAGGACGAUGAGGGAUGUGCAAGGGUCGUGGUCGCGGACUCGGGGGCGGAGCGCUCCGGCGCUCGUUCCGCCCCUCGCCCCUGGAGCCGAGCCGAGCUCCCCACGCUGUCCCCACGCUGCCGAAUCCCCGGCGCGGGACACUCGGGCUCCGAGCCGGGACAGCGGCCCGGCUCUCCCCGCGAUCCCGCUCCGGAGCCAGCUCCCUCUCAUCUGGAGCCAGCCGCAUGUCCACAUCAUCCACGCGCGGUCGAGGCUUGGCUGGAUGAUAACCCGGACUUUGCCCGGUCUUACUUCGUCAGGAAGGCAACCAGAGAGAUGAUCAACGUGUGGUUCGAGGAGCGCGUGCGACCCGUGGUGAGCGUCGACCGGACCUCCUCGUCCCGCGGAGUGGGGGGCGGCGCCUUGGGCCACGCGGGGGCCACCGGAGCCGGGGGCGCGGUGGACGGGUGCAGGCAGUCCCCUCCACGCAAGAUCUCGGCCUCCGAGUUUGACCGGCCGCUGCGGCCGCUGCUCAUGGAGGACCCAAGCGAUGGCUCGCUCACAUUCGUCCUGGGCACGGAGGCUGCUGCGCCGAGAUCGUGGUCGUCCCCCCGGCCGCACGCGGAGGCCUCGGACGUUCCCGGGAGGGCCGCGUCGGGCUGCGUCAUGGCCAUGGCGACCUCCGUGAGCGCACACGGGGUCGGCUCGUCGCGCUCCGUCUCGGGCGAGAGGGAGCGCUUCCUCGAGCUGGUCAAGGACAUCGCCUGCCGCCUGGACGUCGUGACUCUGUGCCACCGCAUCCUGCUGCACGUCAACCAGGUGCUGACGGCCGACCGCUGCUCGCUGUUCAUCGUGCGCGAGGACAGCUCCCAGGAGCGCUGUCUCGUGAGCACCCUCUUCGACGUGUCGCUCGGCUCCACGCCCGAGCAGGCCCGUACCAGCUGGCUGCGGCUCGCCUGGGGCAAGGGCAUCGUGGGAUACGUGGCCGCUACGGGCAACGGCGUCAACAUCCCCAACGCCUACCAGGACCCUCGGUUUAAUGUGGAAGUCGAUCUAAUGACCGGCUACAAGACGCAGAGCGUGCUGUGUUUGCCGAUUAAAGACAAUAAAGGGGAGAUUGUCGGGGUUGCUCAAGCAAUAAACAAGAAGGGGAAUAACGAAGGGAAGUUCACUGAAAAGGAUGAAAGGGAGUUCGGGGCCUACUUGGCGUUCUGCGGAAUCGUGCUGCACAACGCGCAGCUGUACGAGGACUCGCUGCUCGAGAAUCGACGGAACCAGGUGUUGCUGGAGCUGGCGAGCCUCGUGUGCGAGGAGCAGAGCUCCCUGGAGGAGCUUGUGGGCAGGAUCAUCGACAUCAUCCUCUCGUUCAUGCCCUGCCAGCGCUGCGCCGUGUUCAUCGCCGACAAAGACUCGCCCAACAUCUUUUCCAGGGUAUUUCACAAGAGCCUCGAGGUGCCCGGUGUUGCAGAAAACACCUCUCAAAGUGAAAGUCAGAGUCACCCGGUGAGUUUUAUCUACGCCGAGUUUGUGAUGAAGAUGCUCACUCUCCUCAACAUUCCCGACGUGCAUUGCGACAACCGGUUCAACCUCCCCGUUGAAGAGAGGGGUAAUUACAGGACGAAGAGUCUACUUUGUGCUCCGAUACAAAACCGGAAAAAGAACGAAGUCAUUGGCGUGUGCCAGCUGGUGAACAAGCUGGAGGAGGGCGCGGGCGAGGUGCGCCCCUUCAACCGCAACGACGAGCAGUUCGUGGAGGCCUUCGCCAUCUUCUGCGGCAUGGCCAUUCGUAACACUCGCAUGUACGAGGCCGUGGCGCGCGCCGUGGCCAAGCAGACCGUGACGCUGGAGGUGCUGUCAUACCACGCCAUUGCCCACGAGGACGAAUGUGCCAAGCUGCAGACGACGUCGGUGCCUUCGGCCCAGUCGCUCAACCUCCUGGACUUCACCUUCAGUGACUUUGGUAUGGCGGAGGAGCUGACUGCCGUGGGCUCCCUGCGCAUGCUCCUGGACCUCUCGCUGCUGCAGACGUUCUCCAUACCUAACGAGGUCGCUUGCCGAUGGAUUCUCAGCGUCAGAAAGAACUACCGGAGGAACAUUGCCUACCACAACUGGCGGCACGCCUUCAACACGGGCCAGUGCAUGUUCACUGUGCUCGUGACGGGACAGGCUCAGAACGUGCUGACCCCUCUCGAGAUGCUGUGCUUGAUCAUCGCCGCAUUGAGUCACGACCUGGACCACCGGGGCUUCAACAACUCCUACAUCAAGAACAGGAGUGACCACCCCCUGGCGACGCUCUACGGACACUCCAUGCUGGAGCACCACCACUUUGACCAGUGUCUCAUGCUGCUCAACAGUCCGGGGAACGAGAUGCUGAGCAGCCUCUCCGUGCAGGAGUACCGCUCGGCCGUGGGCAUGAUCGAGCACGCCAUCCUGUCCACAGACCUGGCCACCUACUGCAAGAAUCGGGGAGAGUUUUUCUCUCUCGUCAAGGACGGAACCUUUAACCUUGAAGAUCAACAUCACCGCAAGCUACUUCGGGCCAUGAUGAUGACUGCGUGCGACGUCUCUGCCAUCACCAAGCCGUGGCCGGUGCAGCAGAAGAUCGCCGAGCUGGUCGCCUCCGAGUUUUUCGAUCAAGGUGACAGGGAGAGGCAGGAGUUGCACGUGGAGCCCACGGAUAUGAUGAACCGGGAGAAGAGGGAUAAAAUUCCAACCAUCCAGGUCGGUUUCAUUGAUGGGAUCUGCCUGCCCCUCUAUGAGGCCCUCAGCUGCGUGUUCCCAGCGUGCGCGCCCUUGCUCAGCGGCUGCCAAAGCAAUCGGCAAAACUGGGAGAAGCUCACGACGAGGUGCGAUGGACAGCAGGAUCCGGGAGCGGAGCUCAACGAUGACGGAUUAAAAUGAAAUCGAGACCGAAGCGAGGACAAGAAUCUCACGUUUAAACGUUCAGUCAGGAGGAUGUUAUUAUGCACUGUAUGCGCGAAGACGUUUUGUUACGACACCCCGGAUAGGGAUGCGGACAUUCUACAAUUUUCUUUCCAUUGCGUGUAGUCCCCAGGGGACGAUCGUGAAAGGCGUGCAUGCGAGGUGGCACUCGUAGCAGGAGGCGACCUCCAGCGGCGUAGUGGCCGCGGUUGGCUUGGGCCCCGGGGUGCAGGCCAUCAAACGGCUCCCACCGCACCCCGGGGCGACGUUCCACCCCCUUCGUAGCCCUGCGCCUCGACCGCACACAAAACCCCGCGUUUCUCUCGUCAGAAGCCUUCUUGGCUGGUGUCUCACGUUGAGUGGCCCUGCCCACGGCCUUAUAUUUAAAAAAACUAAAUUGUAUUUUUUGUUUUUUUUUACCAGGUAAGGCCCACUGAGCUUGCAUAGCUCUUUUUCAGAAGCGAUCUCGCCACAAAUGAUAGCUCAACGAAAGCGGCUUGUCAUCACGUGCACCGCCUGGACAUCUUGAUGGCUACGCCACUGGGGCAUCACAGUAGAGUAUACACUGGACUGAAACAAGGUGGCAGCGUUGAAAUUGGACGUAUAUUAAUUUUAAUGUUAGAGACCUUCCACCCACGACUGUACACUUGGCAAUAAGCAGUAUGACUGGUGCUAGUUUGCACAUCACUGCAGCGUGGGGUUCACUCAGUACUGCUCUGCGCACCGCUCGCAUUAAUUUAUUCCGGUAGCUUGUGAAAGUUCUGCCAACCUCAUCUGAGAGACUGUCCACACACUCUGUGGUUUGUUCACACACCGUGUUGUGCCCCGUGUGUCCGCGAUCGCGUGUCUGCCGUGCGUGAGACUGUGAUGUAUUGCAUGUCCUGCAUUCUGCGUCCGCUCUUCAGCGGACGGUGUUAGCGACGUGGUGCACCCUCGCAAGAAUUCAAUCUCCGCGCACGUGUCAGCCAUCGGCAGGGCUAUCACCAGCUCUCGUAGUCCGCUCCAACUGUGCCACAUUGUCAACAUCUGGCAUCGUGACAAACGAGAGAGAAAAAACCCUCCGCAAACAGCUUGUGGCGUCUUUUUGAUUUCCUGCUGCUCAAAUGAGCAUUGAGAAAUGUAUGCUCACGCUCCCCCCCCCCCCCCCUUGCACCCCCGCAUUGCUCGUUUGCAGAGCCAGUGGUGGAAUAUCAACAUUUCUAUGGUGGGGGGCGUUUAUCCACAGGAUAAUCAUUGUUGACUUUACCGCAAAUUAGUGCUCGUUUUAGUCACCCCGGAGGGAUGAUGGGCCGUCAACAGUCAAUCUCCAAACCAAGAUCUUGAGUGGCAACUUUCUGAUUGCGAGCCGGUUGCUCUACCAUUGAGCCACCAGAUGGCAGCCUGGUGAGUCACCGUUUGUCACGCAAACGAAGCGACCAGAUUGUAACGUGUCGUGGAGUGAUGUUUGGAUUUGGCAAUGUUGCACCACGACGCAUAACCCCACGCUUCCUGUGAUUCUCAUGUCCUAAAUCCGAUCGGUAUGCGUCCUACUGUAAUGUCUGAGUAUGCCCGCUCCGAGCCUAAAAUAUUUUAUAACUAUUUAACAGCCACCGCAUUUACACGUCAAACGCGUGAGAACUUUGUAUAAAUGCAUUUUUGGAAGCCGGACAUUCAUUUCUUUUUUUUUUUUACCCAAACCUGUGUAUGUACCUUUGAAGAUGCUCCUGCUUCUGUACAUAUUGUUAGUAUAUUUUUUACAUUGUACAGUAAACAUUGUUGGAAAUGUU